ACAACCAAGUACAGAGUUCCUCCUUCCAGAGUAGUGCCCAGCCCCCAUUCCCUAUCCCCGCCCCUAAGUUGGCCGCACAAAGUCCAGAUCCCAAGGCUUCCAGCCUGUGAGGUCCCUGGGGGUCCUGGCUGCCAUGGCCUCCUAGCCUCUCCCUCCCAAGGUCUUAAUAAAUCCCCAGCACAGGGAGGAUGGGUACAGCCGUGCCUCACAGACUACUUUUCUUGAAGGCCGGGGAAGGUUGGCAGGGAUUGUCUUGAAAGGACCCUCCUGCCUGGGGUGUCUGGGCCCUGUCGCCUGAAGCUGUGCGCGGCUGGUCAGUUUCAGAAGACAGUGUGGGGAAGGGAGGCUGCUCUAGGGGCGGUGGUCCCCAGGCCAAGUCGGUCUUAGCACGUGUUGCAGCCGGCCCGCGAGCUGACCGCCCCAGGGUGGGACUUGGACCCUGAACACUAAGGGAGGGCUCCGCCGCCCAGCCCCCGGUGUUACAUAAGGUACGGGGUAGGUGGGCAGUCGUGCGUUAAAGAAUAACCUGCUCCCGGGAAGCCCGCCAAGGAGACGCGGCCCCUUCCCCGGAUCUGGCAGCUCUGCGCGCAGGCACACCCGCGAGUAAGCCGGCCCUCCCCGGCGGCGGGGGCGCACGGGCACCCCGGGCUCCGCAGAGCCGAGGGACCGACAGGCACUCGCGGUGCCGCGAGCGAGGCCCUUUCCCCAGGCCGAGCGGCUGUGGCCGGCUCAGGGGCCGGGCCUCAGACCGUAAGCCAAUGGGAGCGCGGCUGGCCCCGGCCGCGGUCCACCUCGGAAUGUUGAUACAGCGCGCGAACCAAUGGGCGUGCGCCAGGGGCGGGGCCGCGAGGCGGGGCGCGCGAGCCGCGCGAAGGGGGCGUGGCCGGCCGGCAGCCUCCCGGCCGCGCGGCGCGGGCGGCGGCCGAUCGAGGGCGGGGGUCGGCGGCCCGGCCAGCCCGGCCCGGCCCGGCCUGGGGGGCCGUGUCCCGAGCGUCCGCCCUCGCCGCUGCAGCCUCGGCACCCGGCCGGCCGGCCAUGGAGGCCGAGCGCCCUCCGCUGCCCGUUCCGGGCUGCGGGCGCCCCCCGCCCCGUGCCGCCGGCCGGGACCCCGCGGCCGCGCCCGUAUCGGUGCCCGCGCCGCCGCAGGGCCCUGCCGUGGGCGGCGGCUUUGCGGGCUUGGAGUUCGUGCUGCCUCGGGAGCCGGAGCCGCGGGCCACCAACCUGGGGGUCCCGGGGACGUGGGUGGGGGCGGCGGUGGGGCCCCCGAAGCCGUCGGCGCACAUCCCGGUGCCUGCGCAGAGAGCCCCCCCAGGAAAAUCCCGACUGGAUGAGGUCAUGGCUGCGGCUGCCCUCACAAGUCUGUCCACCAGCCCCCUCCUGCUGGGGGCCCCAGCUGCAGCCUGUAGCCCAGAGCCUGGCUUGGAGCCCUGGAAGGAGGCCCUGGUGCGGCCACUGGGCAGCUGCAGUGGAGACUGGGGCUGGGACCUGGCCAGUGACCAGUCCUCUCCAUCUACCCCAUCACCCCCACUGCCCUCUGAGGCAGCCCAUUUCCUAUUUGGGGAACCUGCCCCAAGGAAGAGGAAGGCGGCAGGCAGAGCCAGAGCAGAGCGAUGGUGAGGAGGACUUCUACUACACAGAGCUGGAUGUUGGCAUGGAUGUGCUGACAGACGGGCUGUCCAGCCUCUCCCCAGUGUCCCCCACAGCUUCCGCGCCACCCGCCUUCCCCCGCCUGGAGCUGCCAGAGCCCCCGACCUUGUCCAGCCUGCUGCGGCCGCUGGCCCUGCCUCCGGUCCCCGUGCUGAGCUCUGCGGCACCCCCUGAGGCGUGCCACGGUGACGACACCUACCAGGGCUGCCUGGCCCCCAUCCGCCUGGAGCCACGGCCCACCACCAUCAGGACCUGUGUGCCAACCCUGCCCUCCAAGCUUGGUGCCAACCCAAGGAAGCCCCGGGGUGACGCCAAGAAGUGCCGGAAGGUGUACGGCAUGGAGCACCGGGACCUGUGGUGCACAGCCUGCCGCUGGAAGAAGGCGUGCCAGCGCUUCCUGGACUGAGCAUGCGCGCCUGUGCCCGCCCCGAGCUGCUGCCCCGCUCCCCAGGACUCUGCCAAGGAGAAAAUAAGCUACUCCCCAGCCCCCCAGCCAGGCGCUCCUCCCGCGGCAGGGUCUGCUUUUUAAUGGUGGGGGAAGUUGGUGACCCUCGACCCCCAGAGGUUUGUGAGGGGGGGGUCCCACCACUCAAAGUGCCUCUGAAGAAACCAGCCUUUUGCACUAAAGCCAAACCUCACGGCUGUCCCCUUGGCCCGGGGUCCCUGGGGGUGGCCGCCCUCGCUGCCUGUCAGCCCAUGGACUUGUCAGGGUGCUGAUGGGCCAACUUCAGGGCCACAUGGGGGCCGGUCUGUGAUGCACUUUGAGGGGUGUCAGGGAGGGGCCUCCCCUGCCCGCACUUAACCCGAUGGUUCGAGGGCCCCCGGCGCUGAUAUUUGUAUCUUGUUUGCAAAGCUCAGGUGUCUCGAGUCUGGGCCGCGCCAGGCAAGGAGAAAAAUUAAAGAUUUGGGGUUUUUCCA